CGCCCCGGUCCGUUCGCUAACGUGCUCCGCUGGCUCAGUCCGCCCGCCGCUGCGUCCCGCGACUCCAGUUAGCUUCUUGGCGGCCCUGUGGGCCGGGGUGCGGAGCCGACAUGCGCCCGCUGCUCGGCCUCCUUCUCGUCUUCGCCGGCUGCACCUUCGCCCUGUACUUGCUGUCGACGCGACUGCCCCGCGGGCGGAGACUGGACUCCACUGAGGAGGCUGGGGGCAGGUCACUGUGGUUCCCCUCUGACCUGGCAGAGCUGCGGGAGCUCUCUGAGGUCCUUCGAGAAUACCGGAAGGAGCACCAGGGCUACGUGUUCCUGCUCUUCUGCAGCGCCUACCUCUACAAACAGGGCUUUGCCAUUCCUGGCUCCAGCUUCCUGAAUGUUUUGGCUGGUGCCUUGUUUGGGCCGUGGCUGGGGCUUCUGCUCUGCUGUGUGUUGACCUCGGUGGGUGCCACAUGCUGCUACCUGCUCUCCAGUGUUUUUGGCAAACAGUUGGUGGUGUCCUACUUUCCUGAUAAAGUGGUCCUGCUGCAGAGAAAGCUUUGUCCUCUGGCUACAGGUGGAGGAGAACAGAAACAGCUUGUUUUUUUUCUUACUGUUUUUGAGACUUUUCCCCAUGACACCAAACUGGUUCUUGAACCUCUCGGCCCCGAUUCUCAACAUUCCCAUCGUGCAGUUCUUCUUCUCAGUUCUUAUCGGUUUGAUCCCAUACAAUUUCAUCUGUGUGCAGACAGGCUCCAUCCUGUCAACCCUAAGCUCUCUGGAUGCUCUUUUCUCCUGGGACACUGCCUUUAAGCUGUUGGCUAUUGCCAUGGUGGCAUUAAUUCCUGGAACACUCAUUAAAAAAUUUAGUCAGAAACAUCUGCAAUUGAAUGAAACAAGCAUUGCUGAUCAUACGCAUAGUAGAAAAGACACGUGAUCUGGAUUUUCUGUUUGCCACGUCUCUCUGGACUCAGUUGCUUAUUUGUGUCAUGGGUGUGGUCCUCUAAAGCCCUUUAUUGUUUUUAAUUGCCUUCAGUAGGUGACAUGGCACUGUGCAUCGAUGUGUGGUGUCUGGUCAUAAAGGACACUCUGCUCUUGAAGGUGUAUUAUAUCAGCUUUUCAUACCAGCCCUGGUGUAGCAGACACUACAAAUGGAUGCCUCCUAGAAAAUGCUGUUUGUGGCUGGGCACAGAGGCUCAUGCCUGUAAUCCCAGCACUUUGGGAGGCUGAGGCAGGACAAUCGCUAGAACCUGGGUGGUGGAGGUUGCAGCGAGCCGAGGUGGCACCACUGCACUCCAGUCUGGGUGAUAGGGUGAGACUCCAUCUCAACAAAAAAGAAACAAACAAAAAAAAAGAAAAUGCUCUUUAUAUUUUGUGGUCUAACAAGGAGCUCAGGAUAGCCUGUUAUGUUUCCCUCAUGCCAGUCCUCAUGGGAGAAGAUGCUGAUUGUCCUUGUCCAGAAUACCUCUUUUGCAGGGUGACAGGCUGCUGUGACAGAUGCCCUCCUCUUGCAUCUUUGUGGAUGUUUAGUUCCGAUGAUGACAUGGGAACCCACAUCACUGACGUGGCUCUUCAUCUUGUUGGUCUCUUGAAGAGUGUUUCUUUUGUACUCUCUUGCUGAUGACCUACCUCUUCAUAAGCCAAGGGAAACAAGCUGACGAACUGCCUAGGACUUCCACGUAUUGCUCGCAUACAUGAUUUCUGUAAUGCUCGUGUUCAGACUCUGAUGUUACCAUGUAUGUCACACCUCCUCGUGGUUGCAUGUCCUGACCGUUAAACUGAUCGCAAACAGACUAUUAAAUAUGAAUGGAGAUAUGGAUAUGUUCUGGAGAAAUUCUUAUCCAUCUGGAUGGGGCAGGGCCCUUGACUCCCCUGAAUCAGAUGAGCAGGCAAACAUGUUCUUAUCUGUCCUUUCUGCAGGAAUUCCUUCUGUGUCAUGCUCAGAGAAUGGGUUCAGUAUAUGGAGUCCUCAGGCAAUAUGGAGCCCUCAGGCAGUAUGCCCUCUGAAUGUUUUUCAUUUUUUAUUUGCUGAGAGUAACUGAAGAAUAAUUGUAUUUUUUAAAGAGGAAACCUUGGUUACUGAUAACUUUGUUGUGUUGUAUCUUCAUUGCCUGUAGCUGUCAUUACUUCCUCUAGCUGCACUACAGAAUUGGCAGACUGGAUGAAUGCUUCCAAAGACAGCAGGACCUUGGCACCUGAACUGACCGGCCCUGUGGGCCUGAUCCCACAGGAGUCACUCAUCAGGACUUAACCAGACUGUUGCUCUUGGGUUUCAUCUACUGGGUUGAUGAUUUGGGUUGGCCAAGAGUCUUGCCAAGACUUUAAUCUAGGCCUCUUGUUCAAGAUGGAUUCCCAGGUGAUGUUGCUGGCUAUGGUAUGAUCCUUUCACAGCAAGGAUUUCACUUUUUAAAAUGCGUUUUUCUUGAAAAGAAGCCUUGAUAACGAGAGUGAGGGUAGAAGGCAGCAGAUUUGGAAGACUGUGGCCCUUCGUGUCCUGGAGCAGGGGGAAGGGAGGAGAAAGAAGUUUUCCACAUCACCGCAACUGUGUGCCCUUUACCCCUUUUCAGGAUCCUUAGAUUUAUCUCCCUCCACCCCGAUGAUUUUGAAAUAAUGUGCCUUAUCAGUUGUGAGUUUACAGCCAAAGCAAUUUCCCAAAUAAAUACCCAAAUGGCUAUAAGUGU